AUGGCGCCCCCGCACUCGCGCGCGCCGGUCGCACCUCAAGUCCUGGAGCUCCCGCUCCAACUCGCCAUCGUUGGCUUCUCCGUCACCCUCCUCGGUCUCACUGCGUGGGACUACUCCCGUUGGCAGAUCCUCAAAGAAAAAUCGCGCAUCAACAACUUUGUCGAGUUCCAGGACAGUGGCAUGCUCAUGGUGGUCUUUGCCUCUAUGAUCGUCAGCGCUAUUGGGUUUGCGUUUGGAAACUUUGCGGCGUUCUUGGCGUGCAUUCAGUUUCCCAAGCGUCGAGGUGAGAGGACGGGCAAGGGCACGUAUGGGUACAUCCUCGUUGGCCUUGUCGAGCUGGUCUUGUCUGGUGCCUACCUGGGUAUUGCUUCCGCGCUGACGGCGUUCAGUGUCAACCGCCACCCCGUGUUCGUCGCCGGUCCUCAGUACUCGGAACCCUUCACCCAGGGUCAACAGGUCUUCCUGAGAGCAAUCUACGAGAUGUUCCGCAACGGCCAGAACGGCGAUCCGCCCACAUCCACCUCUCAGUCCAUCGGAGCCCUCGGCGUCUGGGGCCAAAUCACAACGCUCGAACAAGCAAACGCCUUCUUGGCAGAAAACAGGUUCCUCAACUACAAACACUACCGAAUCACCGUCGCCAUCGCCUGGGUCACCCUCGCCACCACCUUCUUCGUCAUGGCCGUCCACUUUGCCCUGCCACUCGUGUUGAAGGCGCUCGGCAUGACAAGACCACCCAAGGGCCAACCAAGCCCCCGCAGCGCCCCCCGCGUCCCCGUCGGUUACGGCGAAAAGAGAAACCGUCAGGCCGGAUACAGGAACCAGGAAGACUACGACGAGUACUAG